AUGGCGACGAUGAGGCUUUGCAUUUCCGCCUCUACCGCCGGACAAGACCUCAACUACGAGUCCAUCAACUUCCUUUCUCCAGAUCCGCGCCCUUUCCUAUCCUUCACUGACGACGGGCCCGGGGUGCUCUCUGCUUUCGGCCCUCGCCAUGAUAAUGACCAUGAGAACUACAGAAAGAUCAAGAUCCUUCCAACUCCUGAUGAAAUCCUUGCCGUCCAUCGACGAACCUACAUGCCGAAAAAAGAUCUCUACGAAAAGCACUUCCUGGACAAUGGGCCGCGUAGGCUGUUGGAUACACUUUUCAGACACCUACGAUGCGACAGCAUUGAGAGCAUCCGGGACAUCUGCUAUUCAGCCUCACAAAUCGCCUUCCUCGGCAGCGGCACAAAUCCUGAAGGCCAUGUUCGCCACGAGACCAUAGCUGGCAAUCGAUACUUCCUGUACAACAACAUCAAGAUUGAAGAGUUGCUUUCACAUGAGCAAAAGGCAAUGGUUGUCCGUGUCAGUUACGACUGCCCAGCGUUCAUGAGGGGUCAGAAGCUGUAUGACUCUGACAGGUUUCAAAAAGGCAUGCUUGUGGCGUUGCUCCAAUUGAAUCUCGCUACCAUGAAGUUGUCAGUCUCCUUCUUGGAGGUCCAUCUGGUUCAAAGUACCUUCUCGAUGGACUGCUUCGACGGACGCGGCACUCGAGCUGCAGUCCAACUUUCUUUUCUGCCCACCACCACUCACGAUGAAGUUCUUCAAUUUUGCCGCAAUGCACUCGGCCUUUGCAGUGGAAGUGAAAUGUACCUCGUAGAAUUUCCGAAGGUUCUCUUCGCCGGGUUUUACAAUUGCCUCAAACGGUUGCAAGAGAUGGGAGAAACAGACUUCGCGUUCCCGGAUUAUGUUGCCCCUGACAAGACUGUCGAUGAGGCUUUAUUCACCAGAGAGCUGAACUACGUCGCCCGGUCACGGCCGCAAUUUCCAUGUCCGCCGCCUUCUUACGCCCUCUCGCCGGAUUUUGCCUAUAAUCUCAGCAAGCUUGUCCGGUCUGCAUGUCCGAUUGCCUCCGCGUCUGUGAGAGACUUGUCGCGUCCUUCUACUCUGGAACUCCUCAAACGCGAAACAACCUUGGACGAAGGUCAAGCGGCGGCUUUCAGAGACAGCCUCCUGCGUGAGUAUGCCUGCACGCAGGGCCCACCUGGAUGCGGAAAAACCUUUUUAGGUGUCCAACUAGCAAAAACACUUCUCGAUUCCCGACCGUCACAGAAGCCUAUACUGCUAGUGUGUCUGACAAAUCACGCUCUGGACAGUUUCCUGGCUGAUCUUCGAGAUGCUGGUGUCUCCAAUCUUCUUCGAGUCGGUUCUGGUAGCAAGGAAGAUUGGACAGAUACCAUCAAUCUCCGCAGCCUGCGACGAAAGACUCGAUUGAAGAAGGAGGAUUCCCAAGCGCUGCAUGCCCAUGGCCACCAAAGGAAGCUGCGGUUCGCAGAACUAGAUUCGUUGUGCAAAGCGCUUUCUUGCCAGUCGCACACUGGAAGCCCUCCAUGGCACUAUGUCGAGGACCUUCUGUAUAAUGAAUACCGCGAUAUCCAUUCUCAGUUUAUAACAAAUUCUCGAGUCCCGCUUGCCCAAUCUUUCACUUUUGAAUACUGGUCAGGAGGCGGAGACUUGAAGACCAUUCGGGAAUUACACCUUGAGCUGGCUUCUAGACUUGAGCAAAUCUCAAACAUUCAUUACAAGCCGCAAGAAACCGUCGAUCAGAUGCUCCUUGACAUCUCCUACCACGUCGAACUCCAAAGUGUAAACGCUGGCCGGUCCAGCAUUUGGAACCUGUCUCUAAACGAGCGUCAACUUAUGCUUCGGCGUUGGGAGGCAGAAGUGGACGAAGAAAAGUUUGCUCAGAAGAUCACCUCGCUUUACUUUGAGUCGCGGGCGUGCACAGAGGAGAUCAGUACAAUCAACGAUAGACGCGAUGUCCAGAUUAUGUCGUCUCACGAUAUCAUCGCCAUGACGACCACUGCAUGCGCUGCUCGUUGGGAGCUUCUACGAUCACUAGACCCUGAAAUUCUCAUUUGUGAAGAAGCCGCGGAGGUUAUGGAAGCCCAUGCAUUGUGCGCUUUGCUCCCUUCAGUCCAACAUGCAAUCUUCAUUGGCGAUCCUCAACAGCUGCGACCCGAGAUAAACGAACAGUCGCUGAGUCUAGAAACUUCCGUCGGACGUCAAUAUCGAUUGGAUGAGUCCCUGCUAGAGAAGUUGAUGUUUCCUCAUGACGUGUCGGCAUCGGUAAUGCCAGGGUGCCACUUGAGCGUCCAACGCCGCAUGCAUCCUGACAUCGCAAAUGUCACUCGUCUGACUUAUCCUUAUCUCACAGAUCACAAGUGUACACUCCAGCGCUCGCCAACUCAUGGCAUUGCACACAGAAUAUUUUGGUGGGACCAUCGAGUUCCUGAGCUUGGAUCGGACGACCUCAAGUCGCAUGCCAAUCUUCAUGAAGUCGAGAUGGCUGCCUCCCUCGUUGAAUAUCUCCUUCGCGGUGGUGCUUACUCCCAAGGGGAAAUUGCGGUCCUAACUCCAUAUGCAGGCCAGCUGUUGAAACUCUGGGGGCGGCUGGCCAAUACGUGCGACAUAUGGCUUUCUGAAACGGACCGAGAAAAAUUGCUUGGUGAAGAGGCUCUUGCUCUUGGUGAUGAAGGCAGGACUACUAAGGAUAAAGUUGCGAUCUCCGACAUGCUCCGAAUUGCAACUGUGGACAACUUCCAGGGUGAAGAGGCAAAGGUCAUCAUACUCAGCACGGUUCGAAGUGGUGGUAGUCCUGGCUUCUUGAAGACAUUGAAUCGCAUCAAUGUCGCCUGCAGCAGGGCGCGUAACGGCUUCUACAUUGUUGGCAAUUCUCAGACCCUAUCUCAAGUCCCUAGGUGGAGAGAAGUCAUCAAUGCUUUCAAUGGGAAGAUCGGAGGGUCAAUUAUGGCUCAAUGUCAUGUCCAUCCUGACCACCGCCAUCUUAUCGAGCAGCCAAAAGACUUUAAAGAUGUCCCAGAAUGUUCAGCGGCCUGCGGCACGGCUUUGCCCUGUGGCCACAUCUGCCAGGAAAAAUGUCACCCACCUCGGCUCCAUUCUCGCCUGGUUUGCCAGGAGGGAUGUAAGAAGGUCUUCCAACAAUGUGGACACAAAUGUGAGAAGCCGUGCUAUCAGACAUGCGGAGAAUGUCAGAUUGCCACUAAUGACGUUACUCUUGAGUGCGGACAUCAUGGAAAGAUGCUCUGCUCUGGAGAAACUUCCGAGUGCGAAGCUGUCAUAGCUAGCAGGGUCCUCAGCUGUGGCCAUACUGUGAACACCUUGUGUGGCGAAAACCCCGACACAGAGACUCUGGAUGCUCUCAAUCUCCAUGGCAUCUAUGAUGUUGAUGGAAACGGGGUUAUUUUAUCAAUCAACUCGAGCGUGAGAUCGCAAGAUGUCAAACCGCCAAAAUGCCCGUGUGGAGCGUCCUUGCAAAGUACUCGCCGUUACCGACUCCACUCGAAAUUGGUCGAUUUCAAGCACACUUUUGACCUUCUUCUAUCGAAAAUGGGUCACAAAUUAGCUGCAUUUGCGACCGCGAUCGAGGUUCAGGGGAAAAAAUUGGACCAGACGUUCGAGGCUUGUAUUGGGGAGAUCCGACCGAAUCCCUUGGCAGCAAAGGCCAAUGCUACUCUCCUUCUUCGUCGAAAUCAAGAGAUACUCAACCUGCAGAAGCACAUUAUUAGCUUCAGGACCGAGGUGGUGGAUCGGUUCGAAGGCAGCAUUGCGGUAUUGCAUCAAGCGCUUCCGAACGUUAUCCCCUCGUACAACCUGAGUUUCCAUCUUCAUCUUGAUGUCUUAGAGUAUCGCGUGGUCCUUGCACGUCUCUCUGACGCCCUGAGGCUUUCAAAUCAGCUUCUUUCUCUGAAAGAUACCUCAUUUGGGGUGCAACGUCUGGGCCUCAAGAUGAUCCAAUUCGUCUACAAGGAAUCAGUUUCGUGCACAAAAUAUUGUCAAAGUGCACUGGACACUGCCUUGAUAGGUCUCAACCUGUCCAUUGAAGCUGAGAUCAGGUUGCAACAGCUCCAAUUCAUGCUCUUCGCAAAGUCGACUAGAGCUCGGCUCUCCGAACUUGGACAUCCUGUCGAAGAUGUUAUUGUGAUUGUCAGUGAGGAAACAGUUAAGACUAGCUUGGACGCAGUAAGCAAAAUUGGCCGCAGAUCACCUGGGGCAUGCGGCUCCUUGAUGGAAACUGCGCGGGAAAUUGCGGUAGCCUUCGAACUUCAUGAUGAUUCGAAGACAUCGCCGAUCCUGAGGAUCAAGAAUGAUUAUGCAAGGCAGAUUGAAAACUUGUGGGGUCGUUACGAGCUUGGAUUCCUGACCAUCUGCACCCGACUCCAUCCCUAUUCGGCAAAGACUUUCUCUGACGGUUGCCCGAACUGUGAGAAGCAGGCUCAAUUAUCAGUUGAUCAGAUCUUUCGCGAAUCGGGGAAGCACUUGUUUGAGAAGAAGUUCUUGCAAAUCAUGCAUGCAAGGUCCACUCAGCCUGCAAAGUCAGAAUCCUCCGAACGGGAGAGCCCGAAAUCAGUUGAAUCGUCAACCAAGCAGCCCGUCUCGGAUGACAAGGCCGUCAGUUCACCUGGCAUGGAAAUGACCCGGGAAGCAAGUCUGGCAGCGAUGAGGAAAAGACUACCCAAAAUACACGCUGGAGGGCCUUGCGACACUGUCAAAAUUCAGAGUGAGCGAACUGUUGACGAAGAAUUGGCUAGUGAGGUGGACGUCGAAGCAGCGAGGGAGAUCAAGCAGGGGGUGAGGUUGGACAGACAAUCAAUUUUAGUUGAACCUGAAGAGGAGCUCACGAUGGAAGAGAAGUUUCUUGUGGCAAUGAGAAAGAUUGGCAAACACUGA